AUGAGCACGGGAACACCCUGGCAGGGUCCAAGAGAUCCAGAUUCCGUUUCACCUGCUGGGAUACCAGAACAUCUUACCCUGAAAGCCUUGGUGUCAAGCAUACAAAAAAACAUCACCAAAGCUUCUGCUACCUUCCAUCAGACCCCUAAUUUCCUCUGCAUCGACAGCAGUCAGAAAGGAGCAACAAAUCUAGGUGUUCAGAUACCCAGCACCAACUGCAAUCUCCCGUGCCCUUGCAGUCCAUUCUUCUACAGCUUCCUUAGAAGCAACAAAUCAAUCAAACCAAAACUUCCUGCUCCUCUCGAUAGUAUCAUCAUAGACAGAAAAGCACCAACCACCCUUCUCCAAUUGAAACUACUUGCAAUCACAGCUAGGGCUAGCAUUAGGAGCAUAGCCAGUUUUAGGAGAGAUCUAACCUUCACACUUGUUAUAUCUUCAAUCUCCCCUCCCAGAUCUAGGAUUUUCAUUGGCAUACCAAGAUAUAUGCUCAGGGAAUCAAACUCUUAA